CCCUGUCCCACGACGCAUUUCAACGGCCAUGUGUGGUGUCAGCGAGAACACUUUUCAUCUUGCUGAUUGUGCGCCAUGGGCUGCAUCGCGCUACGUAAAAUGCUCGGCCAUCGCAUCGUUGCGGUGCCAGACGCGACCAGCGUCGUGGGAGCUGCAGUCGUCCGUGCGCUCCAGCUGCAAUCUCACCUGGCCGUCGUGAUCAUCGCGGGUGUUCCCGUGCAGAUAGACCCCGAGGACCCGACGUACCGCGCGCUCAACCGCCUGUCGCGCGUCGAAGUCAAGUCGUUUGACCCCGUGAAUCCCCGACGAUUCAUCAAGGGAGCGCAUGUGGUGUUUGUCUCGACGGCGACCACGAUAUCGCUGUCCGUCACGCGCGACCUCUUGACUGCAGCGCACGAUCUUUGCGUGCCCCACGUUGUGUUGCAGUCGUGGGUAUGGGCCGGAGCGAGCGAGUCGAACCCCCUGCACGACCUGGAAACGCACAUGACGUCGCUGCGGCCGAGCACGUCGUCGUGGACUGUUGUUCGUCUCCCAUUCCUUCUCGACUUUCUCGACAUGCAGCAGGUGCACAUUCGUCUUGCCCACCAAAUCGUCGCAGGCGUCGCGCCAGCCACGCAGCUGCCGGUGCUGCGGCUCGCCGAGGCCGCAGAUGCCAUGAUCCAGCCGCUGCUCCACUCGGACACGUAUGCCGGCAUGACGAUGAACGUGGCGCACGCGCAUUCCACCAUGUCCCCGACCGCAAUGGCGUCGUGUUUGGCGGCUGCCAUGAACACGUUGAUCGUCUACCGCCAAGUGGACACACAAACGUGGAUUGCAUCAUGGCACGCGCUCCAAUUGCCGCCGUGGUGGACGGGGCUGGCGACGCCACUCACAAUGUCCCCCAUGGGCGGGCAUGACGAAGCUGCCGUGUGUGAGAAGCUCGGGGUGCUCUUGCCAGAUCAGUGCCAUUUUGAGACAUUGGUCGGUCGCGCGCCGACGCCACCGCAAGCUUGGUUCACCCCCGAUCGCUUCUACGUUGGCCGGUUCCCCACUCGAAUCUUCGUUGUGGGAUUGAAUGAAAUGCUGGGUGGCCGAGUCGCCAGCUUUCUGGCCCAGCUACCCAACUUGACGGUGCACGGGAGCGACAACGUACUGGGCAUCAUGCCGGAGGCGGUGCGGCCGAUCCCGGGGGUCGUGUGGGUCCACGGCCGCCUCCAACGGCCCAACGAAGUCCGCAAGAUGCUCAAAAACAUGGACGUGGUGCUGUACUUACCGUCGCGGUCGACAGCAGCUACCGUCUUGCCAUCGCUCUUGCGAGGGGCAAAGGCGGCCGAGGUCCUCGGGAUGGUCCUUCUUAGCACGGAGUUCGCCGGCAGCCCCGAAUGGGACUCGCCAUUUCAGCCGCUGCUCAAGCUGGAGAAUGAAGUGCGCCAGAGUGGCCUUCGGGCCUGCAUUUUCCGCAUCCCCAUGCUCAUGGAAGUGUUUUUGGACUACAAGAAGCGGGCAGUGACUCGCAACGAGCGGCUGAGCUUUGCCGACGACUCGUGCCGGGUGGGUUUGAUUGCCGCCGACGACGCGGCGCACGCGCUCCGAUGCAUGUGUGUGACCUUUCCGCUCCAUGCAAGACGCCUGUACUUGCUGCACGGUGACGAAUUGACUCUAAGCGAGAUUUCGGAUAAGCUCGGGAUCGAUUCGGUGCCGCCCAUGGUCGACAAGAGCAUGCCGCAUGCGCUGGCCGCGCUCGGAGAUGUCGGUGUUUCGUGGUGGUCGGCCUUUCACUUUGUCGACUACGUGUUCUGGUGCAGCAGCAAGGCUGAACGGGCAGGCUAUCGCCGCGGCGCGCCGUCCAAGCAGUGGAUCCUCGCCAUGGAAAACCAUCGCCCGAUGUCGCUCGAUACAUGGGCUGCCCAUCAGCCGAGCCUCACGCAAGCGGCCAAGCCCGAACAGACCAAAGUGCCAGUCGUGCCAAUUGUAGAAGCGUUCACGCCGUAGCAGGGAGCUAGAGGAAGCUGUCAUCGUGGACGUGUUUGCUUUCUUGAAUAAAAAUGAAGUUUAGUUGAUGGG